AUGGCAGCAACCGGAAGCGGUCAUGGAACCAAACCCUGCAGCGGCAGCGGCAGCGGCGGCGGCGACGGCGACGGCCACUUGCCUGAGGAAUUAGCAAUCGAAAUCCUCAAGAGGCUGCGGAGUAGGAGAAGCGUCGGACGAUCCCGCUGCGUCAGCAAAUCAUGGUACCGUCUUCUCUCCGAUCCCAAUAUAAUCCGCGACAUCCUCUUCUUCGACAAUCGAAUUGAAUCCGGCGCUCAGAUUCUCAUCAUCCGCCGCCGGAGGGAAGAUCAUCCAGAAUUCGUCGGCCGCCGCGGCAGCGGCAGAGCCUCUGCUCCCAGUCCCACGAUCUACUCCCAGCUCUCCUACCACACCCUCCAGCCCACCAUCCCCGCCGCCCCAUUCCCAGACUUACUCAUCUCUCCCACAAUCGCCGGUUGCUCCCACGGAAUCUUCUGCAUUUACGGUAAACAAAGACAUUAA